AUGAUUGAAGAUGCUAAUCCCGAAUUAAAAGGAUUCUUUCCUUCAAUGGUUAAUGCUAUUAUUCCUAAAGACCGAUCAGAAUAUAAUAAACAGGAAGCCAAAAAAUCAAUUGUUGCUCUAUGUUAUAUAAUUGCUGGUUUGCGUAACAAAUUCGUUAACCAAUUCAAGACAGAAGUUGGAUUGUAUUUGGUAGCAUCAGGUGCUACAUGGGAAGCUAUUGAUACAUUAUCAAGUAUUGGAUAUUCAGCUUGUGCUAAAACAGUUAUGGACUAUCAGAAGAAGAUUCAAUUGAAUCACAUAACCAAGAUUGAAGAUCACUUUUUUGAAAAG